AUCUCUCUCUAUCUCUUUUUAUUUCUUUUAAAAUCAAGACCAAAAAUAUUAAGGCUCAAAGAAUACUAGAUGAGACAGUCAUCAUUAAGCGAGGAACUCUCUGCCAUUUCACAUGAAUAUGAUUAUGGAAUCGUCCCAAAGUCAGCCGCAGUAUUCAUGAGAGAUGAGACGAAUGGUAUAGGACGAUUGGACCUAACUUUGCUUGAAGAUGUGAUGAUUGUUAUCGAGGUAUCGAACCAAGGUUACAAGGUUACUUCUGUACUGCCAGCAUCUGAUGAUAUUGCAUGUAAAAAAGCAGCAAAACAGGUGGAACUGCAUGUAGACCAACUGUAUGAAACUAUGGAGAGUCUCCUUAUGAGCCUUUCUCCGAUGUUCUGUGAACGAUUCCAACAGGUCCUUUUUGAGAAACUCGAGGCUGUUCACAACCAACGCCAAGAACACGAACUGUCAAACACCACUUUUGAACCGAAUGAUUUCCUCAAUUCUCAUGACUCCCCCUGAUCAAAAUUCAAUUCC